AUCUAUAAUUCAUUGUUUAAUUUGAAUUUAUUUUGCAGUCUCUGUAUAUUUCCGUGACAUCCUUUGUCUUCUAAUGUUGUUCUUCAUGAAAUUGUGACAGAUUCUCAUUUUCUUCUAAUUUAAUUUAAUUUAAUUUAAUUAAAAUUUUUUUUUUGCCACUCUUCAAUUGUCAGUUCACUCAGUUCUCUGUUUGCAACAUGGAAAGCUGGACUUGGGCUUUCUCAUUUUGUCUCUUGAUGAGUUAUCUUCUUGCUCUGUAGGAGUCGCUCAUCGAGUAUCUUCUUGUACUUCCUCCCCCAAGGUGUCUUCAAUUUAGAUUUUCGGAAAUGGGAAGAGCGAUGAGAUGGUUCAGGAGCCUGUUGGGGAUGAAGAAAGAGAAGGAACAGAGGGAGAACUCUAACUCUAACGGCGCUGACCGCAAAGAUAAGAAAAGGUGGAGUUUUGGCAAGUCUGGGAGCGAUUCUAGUGGGACCGCUCAGAUUUUAGCAAGUUUACCAGCGAACAUUCCUGCAGCUGAUGCUGCUUGGCUGAGGCCUCGUUUCACUGAAACCGAGAGAGAACAGAACAAGCACGCAAUUGCGGUGGCUGCGGCCACGGCUGCUGCAGCUGACGCUGCUGUUGCCGCUGCACAAGCGGCUGUUGCCGUUGUGAGACUCACUAGCCAUGGGAGAGGGACGAUGUUUGGUGGUGGGCGAGAGAGGUGGGCUGCAGUGAAGAUUCAGACUGUCUUCAGGGGAUAUCUGGCCAAAAAAGCCCUUCGAGCUUUAAAAGGGCUGGUGAAGUUACAAGCCCACGUUAGAGGUUACCUGGUGCGCAAGCAAGCAGCGGCUACUCUGCAUAGUAUGCAAGCUCUUAUAAGAGCCCAAGCCAAUGUCCGCUCGCAGAGAGCUCGUAACUCCAUUGAAAGAUUUGAGGAGACGAGAAGCGACCACACGGCUUCAAUUCACAGUAGGAGGCUAUCGGCAUCCCUGGAAAGUGUUAUCAACAACUUGGAUGAAAGCCCAAAAAUUGUGGAGAUCGAUACAUGCAGGCCAAGACCAAGAUCCCGUAGAACCAACCCAUCAAUGUGGGAUUCUGGUGAAGACCCACCUUAUCAAAUGAUAUCGUCACCUCUGCCGUGCCAAAUUCCUGGUCGUCUCUCCAUUCCCGAGAGCGGAAACUACCAAGAUUUUGAUUGGAGCUUGGUGGGAGACGAGUGCAGGUUUUGCACGGCACAGAGUACCCCUCGUUUAGCAAAUUCGGGAGGUUCGAAUGCGCCCGUAACGCCAGCGAAGAGCGUAUGCGCAGAUAGCUUCUUUAGGGGUUACUCCAACUUCCCUAAUUACAUGGCGAACACGCAAUCGUUCAGGGCCAAAGUGAGGUCCUACAGCGCCCCGAAGCAGAGGCCCGAGCCGAGUUCGAAGAAGAAGCUAUCACUGAAUGAAAUGGUUGCGUCGAGGGCCAGCUUGAGUGGGGUUAGGAUGCAGAGGUCAUGUUCUCAGGUUCAAGAAGCUUUUCAUUUUAAGAAUGAGGUAAUGGGUAGGCUGGAUAAAUCGACAGAGUUUGUAAGGGAUUAUGCAGAGAGGGAGUACCUGCAAAGAAGAUGGGAUGGUAGAGCAGAGGAGAUGGCAGUGGUAGAGAAGAUGGUAUGACUUAUCUUAAUGGAGCUUCCUCCUCUAGAACACCUAAUAGAACGAUAGAACGCAACGAUGUCAAUUUGUGUUUGUAAAGAAGAAACUGAUUCAAAAAAAAAAAAAAGGGUUCACCAAUCACCACCGAGUUUGCAUCCAAUUGUGAUGAUGAGGGUGGUAAUUUCUGAGAUGAAAUCCAUCAAUCAAUGUUCAUUUUUUUUC